ACGCUAGCCUUUUAGAAUACCGGAGAACAACCAGAUGGAAUUCUGCACUCCCUUCUUACCAGAUUCCUCGCGUUUUAAAUUGUAUCGCAGGCAUUUUUAGCGGACAUUGCGGCCCACAAACAGCCCUGGCGUGAACUCAGAAGGCUUAACGGGGAGGCUUGGCUGCGCUGUGAACCGGGACUGGAGCGGUCCGGGCCGUCUAUAAAGCACCGAACAUCUUUCCGUUGUCUCGAGGCGUUAACGGGCAUCCGUCAUGCCGCUGUUUGGUAAAUCCCACAAGAGUCCUGCAGACAUUGUCAGGACCCUCAAGGAAAACCUGACGGUUCUAGUCAAACACGAUAAGAAGACAGAAAAGGCGUCUGAGGAAGUGUCAAAAUGCUUGGUGUCCAUGAAGGAGAUUCUGUACGGGAGCAACGAUAAGGAGCCACACACUGAGACUGUGGCUCAGCUCGCACAGGAGCUCUACAACAGCGGCCUUCUGAUUUCUCUGGUAGAAAACCUGCAGGUUAUAGACUUUGAGGGGAAGAAAGAUGUUUGCCAGAUCUUUAACAACAUCCUGAGGAGGCAGAUCGGGACGAGGAGCCCCACAGUUGAAUACUUCUGCUCCCACCAAGAGGUCCUCUUCAUUCUGCUGAGAGGAUAUGAAACGCCCCAGGUAGCACUGAACUGCGGCAUCAUGCUGAGGGAAUGCAUUCGCCACGAGCCACUUGCCAAAAUCAUUCUUCAGUCGGAGCAUUUCCACAGCUUUUUCAACUAUGUGGAGAUGUCCACCUUUGACAUCGCCUCGGACGCCUUUGCUACCUUUAAGGAUCUUCUUACAAGACACAAAGUGCUUGUGGCUGAUUUCCUUGAACAGAACUACGACGCUGUUUUCGCCAACUAUGAGAAGCUGCUGCACUCUGAGAACUAUGUCACGAAGCGGCAGUCGCUCAAGCUUCUGGGCGAGCUGUUAUUGGACAGACACAACUUCGUGGUGAUGACGCGCUACAUCAGCAAGCCUGAAAACCUCAAACUCAUGAUGAAUCUGCUCAGAGACAAGAGCCCCAACAUCCAGUUCGAGGCCUUCCACGUGUUUAAGGUGUUUGUCGCAAACCCCAACAAGACGCAGCCCAUCGCCGACAUCUUGCUGAAGAACCAGACCAAACUAAUCGACUUCUUGAGCAACUUCCAGAAGGAUCGCACAGACGACGAGCAGUUUAACGACGAGAAGACCUACCUAAUCAAACAGAUCAGGGAUCUGAAGAAACCAGCCUCCUAGAAAAGCUCCCCAAACUUUUUUACCAAUAGGAAGGCGUAGAAAUAAAACACAUUAACAAUAAUGGUUAUUCUAUUUAAAAACAAAUUGAUCCUUGUUGGUAAAAGUAGCUCAUAAUCACUGAUCUAACUUUUGUAAAUUCAUUUUUUUUCUUUUUUUACUUUAAAACAUGUUUUUCAUCUGUAGCAUGUAGUGCCACAGCUCAUUGUGUUGAAUCAGAUUUGCUUUGAUGAAAGAACCAGCAGGAAGAACGAUAAAAAAAAAAGACUUGGGCCAAAAUCUUUUUUGAUUCUCUGAUUACCUCUUUUAAAGGAGGAAAUCACCAAAUUUUUUUUUAUGCAUCUGUGUCAAAGAGAUUAUUGGGGAAAGAUGAAGAAGAAGUAAAAAAUGAGCAGACUCUAAAUAUGCAGUUGGCUUUAGCAAGAUGCUGAAAAGAGAAAUAAAUUAUGGCUUAAAUAAAUGGCUAAAAUAAAUAUUUUAAGAUUCGAUCAUUGAAAUAAAAAUUUGUGACCACUGGUACAAAAAAAAAAAGCUCCAGGAUUGUUGGACACAGUCGCUAAAAGCACUUUCUGUAGAUUAAAAUUAAUAUAAAAAAAAAAAAAUAAGUUGAUCAGUUUUCAAUGCUUUUUCUAAUUUUUAAAAAACGUAUAUCUUUGGAUUUGUUGCCAUGUACAGUGUGUGGUAUGUGUUCAUGAACUGAACUGAACUGAACUGAACUGAGUGCCACUGUGAGUGAGAACUUUAAUUAUAACCCGUGAUGAAGA